AUGUUCUUCAAUUCUAACAGGACUACAUCGCUAGCCAUUUCUUUGUUUGGCGCAGUAUUCAAUUUUGCUCUUGCAGCGCGGCUACUUGGAACUUGGCGGUCUUUCAAAUGGGAAUCAGAAAGCGAGUGGGAGAGCUCCGAGUAUUCAAUAAGUAAGGACGGAGUGCGCCUCGUAUGGGCGUUAUUGUGCGCAUAUUUUGCUGCAGCAUCGGCCAUCUGUUUCUUCGGCCUGGCAGGCAUUAUUCGAGGCAAACCAUCGUUCGUGCGCAUAUAUCGUGACUACAUUGUCGGAGAUUUUGUGUUUGGCACGCUGUUUGCGGCCAUAGGCUCUUACGCUGCUUUCCGCCCAACGGUUCGCUCCAAUGUUUGCGAGUUGUUGUCACGCCAACCGGACAUGCUGCGGGACUUCAUCGAUUUAGGGCUAACUUUCGAGAACUGCGAACCAUGGUUUGAAAGGGGAGUGUUCGCGUUCAUGGUUAUUCUAAUUGUCAUCACCGUUAUUCGCCUUCAUUUCGUAUUGGCUUUAUCGAGUUACUAUACCAUUCUUGUCCGCCAUCAAGGCUUCCAUUCGUCAUCGCACACACCUCACUAUUCGCGCGCUAGCGCUGCCGAAUGGAACCUAGAACGGAUAUAUAUCCUCCCAGUUCGUUCAUUGGCAAGUAAAGCGCCUUGCACGUCCGACCUCGAUCUACAAUUUGUGGACGCACCAGUUUACGCACCAGUCCCGCUCACCCAUGUCUCUCCGCAAGUCGCGGAGGAGCUGCUUGCGAACGCAACCGAAGCAUGGGUUUCUCGAUCUGACUCAACCCAACCUGUGCGACCGCGCAGUCUGUCGCUGGCCCGUCAUCAAUCUGCGGACCGCGGUCCGGGAGCAGCUCAGACUGCUGACCUGAUUUCUUUGGAGAACGAAAAGGCAUGA